GUUACCAUGAUGCAGCACCUCAAUGGAACCAGGACUGGAAAACUACCCAAUCAUCUCAUCUUUGCAGCUCUUCAUUUUUAAAAAGCACAACUAAAUUCAAAGUUCAUACUCGAUAAUAGCUUACUAUAUAAAGCUGUCUUUUUUUUAACAACAAGUUUACAUGUUACCUCUCAGCGCACCUGUGGAUAGAAAAAAAAAUGUAGAGAACUCAGGACAGGGAAGGAUCAGCUUUAUUUAAGUUUUGAGGGAUAUUUGAUAGUUUGUGAUGAUGAUUUUCUCUUUGUGAUUACAUGAGCUUCCCCCAGAUUCAGAUCUCAGCACCAACCAGUGACAGACAAAAAUCAUCCUAUAUGUGAACUCUUGGAUGAAUACACUUAAUUGUUGUAAUGAUAGAGUAAAUUUUGUGGUAACUCCAAAAUUAACAGAUGAAAAGGGCAAAACUAUAUUAUAUGCUGUCAGUGAAAGUUGUAGCUGUUUUACUGAAAAUAUUAAAGACAAAACAUCAAAACUAAAUAUAUUAAUGUAACUGCUAUCACUAUAUAUAUUCUUAUCUUUACCCAGUUUCAUCGUACUCUUUUCAUUCUGAAGCAUCAAUAAUAAAUGAGUUUGGUGUUUAAGAAAACUCUGGCAUGCUUAGACCUGUAGGGCUUUUGAAUGGAAACACCGAAUGCAAACACUGAAUAAAGUGGGGGGUGGGGACUUUUACAGAAAGGGAAACAAACAUACACAGACAAAAACAUCUUCCACUAUUUAGCAAUUUGAGAUUGACAGUAUCAGAUAAAAAAAACAAACAUUUGUGCUGCUUUUCAUCUUUCUGCAAAAUCUGUAAAAUAUAAUUAUUUCUAUAGUUAAAUAAAUAUGACUAAAUUUUUGGUAAUUUAGUAGAUAUUUUUAAGAUAAACGUCCACACUGAUUGACACACAUUCAUGUUCCUCAGUCCACUGUUUUAAAAUGGAGAUUCUACUCUUGGAUUUCCAUCGAUGAUGGCACUUUUUCUUUUUCAGCACUCAUGCAUGUGCCUAACUAAUAGUGAAAAUAAUCAGAGUUGAUUGAACAAACUGUGAUUGGCCUCUCUGAAAACUCAGUUAAUUUUUAAAGUCAAAGUCUGUUUAACAUAAAUUUAGUAAUUUAAUACAUAUUUUUAAUGUAGACUUUUUCAUUUAUACAUAUGCAUAUAUAUACACACACACACACACACACAUAUGUGUGUGUAUAUAUAUAUAUAUACACAUACAUACAUACAUACAUACAUACAUACACACACACAAAAGCAGAAUAUUAGUCAAUAUUGGAAACAAAAUCACAGGAAGUCAUCUCCCACAAAUACCAUUAAUGGUAUUAAUUCUGUCUGAGUAAGUGGAAAGGGUCACAGUAGUGUCAAUGUUCAGUGUUGCUGUGACCUGACCUUUCUAGCUGUUUCCAUCUUGUUUAAGCCCAGACACAUCCAGAAGACUAUGGACUGUAGAUUGUCCUUCUAGCCCCUGGUGGUAUGAGUGGGGGAGGGAAGUUAAUAGUUUUAUUGGUAGUCCUGGGGCUUUCUGUCACAGUUGAUCAUUAUAAAAAAGAAGUGCCAGUUUUGGAAUCAAUAUCCCCAUUUUAUCCAGUGAAACAUAAUACUAUAUACCAAGAUAUGUGUUGAAAUCUAGGCUAAGAAAUACAUAACACCAUAUUUAAGGCUAGAAAUGCCUAAGAACAGAGUAUCUAUCUAUCUAUCUAUCUAUCUAUCUAUCUAUCUAUCUAUCUAUCUAUCUAUCUAUCUAUCUAUCUAUCUAUCUAUCUAUCUAUCUAUCUAUCUAUCACAUAUUUAUCACAUAUUUAUCAUGUUUUUAUUUGUGCAGACCUGAUGCUUGAGAUGAGUAGGAUACAACAGCUUUAUCCCCUUAGGUGGAUCAUGUGGCUGCUUUCUCUGCAUAAAAAAGGAAAAAGCCAACACACCCUUUGGUACCAGCAUAAUGAAUGGGGAGUGGUGCUAGAGGGUGUGGCUACAGCAGUUUGCCUGUCUCUGAUUUGCUGACAUAUGCUCUAAUUGGAUCAAGUAGGAACUUGCUUAGGUUGAUGCUUUGUACAGGGAUUGGGAGCAGCCUGCAUUGCACACUACCAGACAGGAAGAGAGGCAGUGAGGGAGGAGGCCAGAGUCUGCACAGCUCACCACUUGAAAAUAAAGGAUUGAGAGAGGAGGGGUGAGAGAAGAAAAGGGGAGUAUCCAGUUCUGCCCUUCUGUGCUGCUGCAGCCCCCCUCCCACUCUGUAUAAUUUCCUUUUUUCCUCUUUCCCCUUACUCAUCUGUUUCAGUGGCUGCACUGAGAGGAAGGACACCUGCCGCUCCCUGAUGAUUCAGCUUUUCAGCUGUUUGGAGCUCCCAAGACUAGACAGCAUGUCCCUCCUGCCACUGCAGUGCUUGGCUGGCCUGUCCUCUGCACUACAUUUGCCUCAGCUACAGCUGUCCCAUCACGUCGAUACUACCUUUUCUUCCCAAGUAUUCAGGAAAUUUGACAGUUGUUUUCCUUGUGAAAAAAAAGCAUGAAUAAGGAAUUCCUUUUUCUAAUGCAUAGACUGUCUACGUACCCCCUGGAUUGUUAGCAAGGUUCCACUAUUUGAAGGGCAUCACCUUUCUCUGAAACCCAGCUCUCACUCUGUGUCUACACAAUGGAAAAGAUACUAAAAGACAUUGGUGGAAAAGUGUCAUUGUGUGAUGAUCUGAGUUAAUAGCUAAGGUGGUAAGAAACACUUCUUCAAGCAGUGUGAAAGGAUGACCGAGGGAAUGGAGGAAGUCUCUGCAGGGCCAGCUCCCCCUUUUGGAUCAGUCUCCCCCACUGGCUCUACUGUUGAUACUAGGCAAGUCCCAGAAGAGAAACCAGAGGAGACAGAGGCAGCUGGUGAGAGUGGGGAGGAGGCUAUAGAGGGAACUGCAGAAGGAGGUGGUGCUGGUGACGAUGGGGAGCAUGUGGGGGCUUUCGGAAUUGUGACCUUGCCAGAGGCCUGCUGUGUGUGCAUAGAGAUGGAACAGAUUAACAAUUGCCUGCACUCUGAGAAAAUCUGCAUCCUGCCCAUACUGGCCUGUCUGCUUAGCUUAGCCCUCUGCACAGCUGGCCUCAAAUGGGUCUUUGUGGAUAAGAUAUUUGAGUAUGAACCACCAUCACAUUUAGAUCCCAAGCCUAUUGGACAAGACCCAAUUAUUAUACCAGUUGAACCCACGCUGGGAAUAACAGUCUCGUUUCCUCAUACAACUCCUUCAAAUAACUCCCUAACCACCACCUUCACCCUUACCCCAGAGCAUCCUGAAGUUUCAGUAAAAGAUAAAUCUACACAACAGCCGCAUGUGUCUCAGUCUUCACGAGUGAUUGAGCCUGCUGUCACACUGAAAUAUAAUGCUGAACACUAUACCACCCCAAAGCAGACUCCUCAACCAAAGUCAACACAGAAAUCACACAGCCAUCAUCAAACUAUCUCUACCAUCAGCACUUCCACUACAGCAAAGACCUCAAGUCACGUAACCCGCUGCAGUGACAGUCAGAGGAACUACUGUGUUAAUGGAGGAGAGUGCUUUACCCUUGAAAUCAUCCCGGGCAGUACAAAGUUUCUCUGCAGGUGCUUGGCUGGAUUCACUGGGCACCGAUGUGAACAAGCAGUUCUUAAGAAUGUCUCAGACCCAAAACAAGCUGAGGAGCUGUAUCAGAAACGUAUUUUAACAAUAACCGGAAUCUGCAUUGCGCUCCUAGUCGUUGGAAUCAUGUGUGUGGUUGCCUACUGCAAAACCAAGAAGCAGAGAAAGAAACUACGGGACCGUUUAAGGCAAAGUCUAAGGAAUAAGAGGAAGAAUACCAGUACUGGUAUUGACUCCAAUGUGGCAAAAUCUACCACUGGACGCCCAAAUUCUAACUUGCCUCUUCAAGAUUUGCAGCUUAUUGGUCAACAUAAUGGAAGAACAAUGAAGCAUACAGCUGAAAAGGAGACAGAGACAAACUUUUCCACAAGCAAAUAUACCUUAUCUGUGCAUGAUCCUACCACACUCACCAACAUCUCCAGUCAAAGGUUUGUACCAGUGAUGACAACCCUGAUCCAGCUGACUUCAGAGUCGCAGAACUCUCUCGCAACCCCAGGCUCUCCUCCAUCCGAGAUUUCAGCCCCCAUAUCCAGCCUAGCUAUCUCUGUUCCCUCUGUGACUUUAAGUCCCUCUGGUGAGGAGGAGCGCCCUUUGCUGCAUCAGCUGCACAAGUCCUCAAGCCGGGAUGUACAAAAGAGAACCUCUUCACACUACAAUCAUGGCCAUGUGGCAGAUAGCUUACCAUCUAGUCCACUGUUCACUAUGGAGAAUGCUGACUACCAAACCAUACAGGACACCAGAGCUGCCAGCUGUAUGUUUUCAACAGCACCUGUGAAAUUAAUUAACACAAACAACAAUGUAAGUGACUGCAGCAACAAAAGUGUCACUGACCAUGUGGUUGAUUAUUUGAGGUUAAAUGGUGACAGCAUACUAGUAAGUGAUACAGAGGAGCCUCGGGGGGAACACAUACCCUUCCUAAGUGCAGAUAGGAAUACAGCCCUUUUACUCAGGGCUAUAGACAGCAGCAGGACUAACCCAGCAUCACCAAAUGAUGACCUACCAGUGAAGUCAUCUAGCCUCAUCAACCAACAAGAUUCAAUUGCUGCGUAAAGUAAAAAAAAGGAAAAAAAAAGAGAAAUUGCUAAGAUUACUUCACAUGGGGGAAGAAUAUAAACAGCCAUUAUUAAACCUUUAUUUUCGAUAAAUUCUCAUAAUUUAUUUGCUGUGUAAAGACUUUUAAAGACAAAUGAAGAAUGAAACUUUUAUUUUAGAGAUGUAGCAAAUAAAGUUUUAUAAAAAAAAAAAACAGUACAAAUGUGGUCAUGUCUUAUAGGUAAAGUGCCAUACGCUAGUAUGCAGCAGUUCAUAGUAUAGUUAAAAGAAUAUUUCAGUGCAGACAAAUAUCAAUGGUGCCUUUCUGUUUAGUAUACUUAAGGGGCCGUAAUAUUGCAUACUGGGCCAUGUAUCACCAUCUUAUUCUUCAGGUUAUUAAUCAGAUGUUCUGUGUUGUCUGCCUUUAACAUCUUGCACUUUAAGGCACCCACUGACAUAUUUGAAAUCAAAUGUUAUGGGUUCAAAGUGCAUGCUAUGUUCUUAAAUGCUGUGAUGAAAAAAUGAGCAGACAGUUGACUUGAAUUGAUGGUUUUCUUACCUGAUGUCCUACUUUUAUCACAGUCUUAUGGUAUAUAUUAUUAGUCAGCUCAUAACCUGGAUUUCAUCAAAAUGUUAGAGAUCUUAAUAAUUUUAUUCAUCACUGGACUACACUGUGGAUGACCUGCCAGAGAAUGAAUAUUGUAGCUGUGAGAUAAAUAUACAUUCAUUAAAGUUUGCUUCAUCAAGGUGCAUAAGAUACACCUAAAGAGUUUUUUUUUCAUUUAUAUUAAGUUAGAUAUUUACAUUUUACCAUUUCUAUGUUGAAGAAGUACUUCACUGAAUUGUAUGGCACUUUUAUAACAUUUAAACAAUGUUCAUGCUUAAAGAGUAGCAGCCUAAUAAUCCUAACGUUUCUGGUAUGGGUCAAGCUGGAUGCUGGUUUUCACAUGCCCCAUAAUCCUCCUUAGAAGUUGUAUUUCUUCCUAUGCUGACAGAUGUUUUGCCUAAGUAUAAACUGUCUCUGUUAAGGUGGUACAUGUCAACGACUACUAGCGUGAAGACCAGCAAUUCUUUAAAAUAGUAUCUUUAAAUGAACAAUAUCUACAAAGUUUAUACUAAAUUAACUACAAGAUCUAUGUCUCAUGUUUUCUUGUGUGAGUCUAACCAGUGCUUAGUAUUGGACUGUGGAUCUUAGAGAAGUGCUGAAUGUAUAAAUGGUGGUCAUUUCCUUUAAUUUAAACCAUAUUUCUGAAAAAAUUUGAAAUUAAAAUCUCCCCCUCAAAUUAAUUUUUACAACUUCAAUCGACUUAAUGUUCUUAUGUUUUCAGCUAGAACAGUUUUUGCAGUCUCAAUGUUAUUUAAAAAAACAAACAAAGAAAAAUUCCAAACUUUUCUAACAACAGUAUAUUAAAUGGAAAUCUGCAAAAGACUUGUCAUAAAAACAUUUUUGAAAGAUUAAUUUAAAUUAACUAUUGGGCUCCGUAAUCAGUGUAUGUAGAAUCAGCAGUGAGUUUAGCGUAUAAAGUAUCAUGACACAGUUGUGUUUCCCAUCGGUGGUUAAAUAGUGGCAAUUCUGUUUAUUUUAUAUACAAAGAUUAUUUAUGAGACAUUCAAAUUUGUUUAUUUAUUAAUUUAAUUAUUUAACAUUAAUUAGUUAAUAUUAUAAUAUGACCCCCCCCCCCCCCAAGAACAAAAAAGACCCAAACAAACAAAAAAAAUGAACAUUCUCACAAGGAAAGUGGACCCGGUAAAUAAUUUCCCCUGGCCAUAUCAGAUCCCCUUGCUGUAGGAGUCAAGUUGAGUUCAGGGUUUUCCUUUAAAUUUAAAUGACCUGUCCUGAUAUAAAUUUAACAGAUUUGAUAUAAACAAUGCAAGAUAUACAGUCAUUUCAUCUGCACACAUUAAUACAAAAGAAAAAAAAUCUUGCACAUUUUGUCACUUGUAUGCUUAGCAUAACACAAAGAAUAUUGUUUUGAAAUGGGAGUGUCUUUAAUUUAUGUAAAUAUAUCAGGAAAAUCUCCUGCAUUGUUGUUUCUCACUGAAUAUCACAUUAUGUGUUUUUGUGUGUUAGUGUCAAAGCAUUUUGGGUUGAAAAAGAACUUUCGGUUUUUCUGUCUCACUUUUGAUUGAUACAAUGAAAGUCUUGUGCAGCUGUAAUAAUAAAUAAAACACACAUUUCACAUUUGAGCAUACAUGUGAACAUGAUUUAUAUGUCAAAUUCUAUGGCUUUUUAUCCGUUUGUUUUUUCAGUACAGACUGAUCUUUUUAAAGAACUGAAGAUGAUUUCUCAGUUAUAAGCAAUUUGUAAUUAGACCUUCUGGACCGCUCAUGGCAGAACAAAGUCCCAACAAUGAUAGGAAUUAGGACAAGACCCCCGGUGUCUAGAUGCUGGCAGUGGUGGAAUUGAGGAUGAAGGCUUGGAUGUGGAUUCUGAAUGGAAGGAAAUGUGGAGGAGUCGGGUUGCACAUAUGAGAGUCUGAAAGACAGAAUGACAAAACAGCAGUGAGAUUUAAAGCACACAUAAGAGAGGCUGAUUGUCUUGCAGCAGGCAGGCAAGAAAAUUAUCCAGCUUAGAAUGAUGAUGUCAGUAUUAUCAGAGUUGUUUGACACUGUGGGAAAGUGGAUGUGAUGCAAAGAAUGGACUUGCAAUUAAAAACCCAGGAAAGCAGGCAGAUUAGUGAUUAAUUUCUUAUAGUAAUGCUAUCAGUAAUUAUAGUGUUUUGAUUACACAACUUCAAAUUAAGUCCUGGCUGCAUAUUACACUGAAAAUAAAUAAUAACACAAAUUUGUACUCCCUUUACAUACAUGUUAAUCUAUGUGCUGAGCAAUGCCAUUUUGUUUUCAUUCUGUAUUUUACUUGUAUCUUAGAUACCCAUUAAAUAUGUAAAUUUUUUUCAUGUAAUGUCUUCUUUCAUGUACUCAAAUAAAAGUAAUUUUUGAGCACAAAAUUUU